AUGGAGGUGUUCUACUACCUCGUCUUCGGCGGCCUCGCCGCCGUCGUGGCGGCGCUGGAGCUCGGCAAGUCCGGCAAGGACCGCGUCGCCACCCCGACGGCCUUCAACUCCUUCAAGAACAACUACGUCCUCGUCUACUCCCUCAUGAUGUCUGGGGACUGGCUCCAGGGGCCGUACGUGUACUUCCUCUACAGCCAGUACGGGUUCGACAAGGGCGACAUCGGCCGCCUCUUCAUCGCCGGCUUCGGCUCCUCCAUGCUCUUCGGCACCAUCGUCGGAUCACUCGCCGACAAGCAGGGAAGGAAGAGGGCGUGCAUCACCUACUGCAUCACCUACAUCCUCAGCUGCAUCACCAAGCACUCCCCGCAGUACAGGAUUCUCAUGAUUGGCCGCGUGCUUGGAGGCAUUGCAACAUCGCUGCUCUUCUCCGCGUUCGAGUCGUGGCUCGUCGCGGAGCACAACAAGAGAGGUUUUGAUCCGCAAUGGUUGUCGAUAACAUUCUCCAAGGCUAUAUUUCUUGGGAAUGGCCUAGUUGCCAUUGUCGCAGGGCUAUUUGCUAAUCUGCUGGCUGAUAACUUGGGUUUUGGCCCUGUCGCCCCAUUUGAUGCUGCUGCUUGCUUCCUAGCAAUAGGUAUGGCAAUUAUCUUAUCUUCAUGGGGUGAGAACUAUGGAGAUGCAUCUGAGGGCAAGGACUUGAUGGCCCAGUUCAAAGUUGCAGCUAAAGCCAUUGCUUCUGAUGAAAAGAUUGCAUUGCUUGGGGCCAUACAAUCACUGUUUGAGGGUUCAAUGUACACUUUCGUUUUCUUGUGGACUCCUGCUUUGAGCCCAAAUGAUGAAGAGAUUCCUCAUGGCUUCAUAUUUGCAACAUUCAUGCUUUCUUCGAUGUUGGGUAGCUCAAUUGCGUCUCGUCUAUUAGCUCGAAAGAUGAAGGUUGAGGGCUAUAUGCAGAUCGUGUUCUCGAUAUCAGCUUUCACUCUUUUCCUCCCUGUUGUUACCAAUUUCAUAGUACCUCCCUCAGAAAAAGGUAGCAGCAUCUCAUUUGGAGGCUGUCUACAGCUCCUUGGUUUCUGUAUAUUCGAGUCAUGUGUUGGCAUAUUCUGGCCAUCAAUCAUGAAGAUGAGAUCUCAAUAUAUACCCGAGGAGGCGAGAAGCACUAUCAUGAAUUUCUUCCGCAUACCACUCAACCUGUUCGUAUGUGUGGUGCUUUACAAUGUGAAUGCCUUCCCAAUCACUGUCAUGUUUGGCAUGUGUUCUAUUUUCCUUUUCAUCGCAGCAAUUUUGCAGAGGCGGCUGAUGGUUGUAUCUGACCUUCACAGAUCAAUUAGUACUAAAGCCACAGAGAUGAUAGCAGAAGAUGAGCCACUGAACCCUUAGAAUACACCAGAGAGGAUGGGCGUGCACCGGACAUUGAACUGUCUCCAACUUCAUCUGCUCUCCACUGGGCCGCUGAAUAAGAUGGAACCAGAAUGCUGGAACAAAACUCUGUGUAGUUUGCCUCGUUAGGUGCUUGUAUUCAGUUUUGUCAGGAUAGAGCACACGGUUCAGCGUGUAUUGAGCUACACACGGCACAGUAGAGCUUGUCAUAGCACCAAAUCUGUACUCGCCUUCCUUUCUUAUACGUGCUAACAGGAUCAUAUUUGUAUUAAAUCCGACAUGUCUCUUGAUGAAAGCUAUAGCCUGUA